AUGGUUAGCCCUCGACUCACUUUGCUUGUUGGUUACAGGUUGGUUCUGGCCAUGGCACGAAACUUGACCAAUCAUGUAUCUCGUCUCUUCAACCCAACCCCGGCAACAAAGAGCAGCCGGUGGAUAGUGUCUAGACUCUCCACGAAUCAGAAUCUCAAAUUAUACAAACGUCCCAGCAAUGGUGGAGAGUGCCAAGGCCAGCAUUGUCCCGAAUCGGACGAGACCCAAGGGGCAGCGGCUCCAUCCGAACCCCCAGUCGUCUCCGCUCCCGUCGGGCUCGGCACCGAUCUACGGGUUGAUUACAUGAGCAAUAGUGAUUCGAUCACAAAAUUCCCGAACUACAACAAGUUGAAGAAGAAAAAGCAGCUCAAGAUGUCUGGAAAGUGGGACCCCCUCACUGAUAUGCCCAACCUCGAAGGUAAAGUGGUUGUUGUUACCGGUGGGAAUGCAGGCAUUGGCUUGUCAACCGUCAAGUACCUCGCCCUUCGAGGUGCCAAGGUUUACUUCACAGCAAGAUCGAAGGCCAAAGCCGACGAGACUCGCACAGUACUGGCGGCCGAAAAUCCUGCGAUAAAUACCGCCAACCUCCACUGGCUCCCCUUGGACUUGGCAGACCUCAAGUCGGUCGCCUCCGCUGUUGAAGAGCUGAAGAGCAAGGAGACCAGGGUGGACAUUCUUAUAAACAAUGCCGGUCUAGCCUCCGGCACAACGGAGACGAUGGGUCCUGGGUGGGAAUGGCACAUGGGGGUCAACCACGUCGGGCACUUUGUUCUCACCAACGGCGUACUGCCGCUUCUCAAGGAAGCCACAAAGCAACCCGGGGCCGACGUCCGUAUCAUCACUCUCAGCUCCAACGUCAACUAUGCCAUGCUGCCAUCAAACUACGGCUUCACCUUUGAUUCCGCUUCUUUCUUGACGAAGCCUGUGCCUUAUUACCCGUGGCAAUGGCGCUAUAUCAUUAGCCGUAUUUUUGUGGUCGACAUGAUUCGCUACGCUGUCUCUAAGGUCGCCAAUCUCCUUUUCGCCCAAGAGCUGCAGCGAAUUCUGGAUGAGCAAAGUCUCCCGAUCCUGUCCAUCUCAGUGCACCCCGGUGGCGUGGCCAGCCCCGGUAGCAAGGACAUUGGAAACUCCCUCUUCUCCCUUGUUAGAUCGGCGGCCUUCCUCACCGUCGACCAAGGCGCCAUCACAUCCGUCUUUGCGGCCACUGCCGCCGAGAUUCGCGAGAAUGCAGACAAGUACAAGGGUAGGUACCUAGAGCCGUUUGGAAAGAUCGUGACACCGAAUCCGGUCGCCAAGAACGAGAAGCAGGUGAGGGGUAUGUGGGAGCACACCACAGUCGAGGCGAACAAGUACCUGGCGACGCUCGGCCUCGCACCCCUUCAAGAAUGUAUAUCAAAUUUGGUUCGAAGCCCUCAGGGGGCAUGCGGUUACGGAGUAUACAGGACCCGUUUCCAGGUGCAUGGGAUAGCAUUCUCCGAAGAGGUAAAUGAGGUUCAGCAUCCUUUCAGAGCAUCAAGAAAGAUGAUCUCCCGCGAUUCCUGCAAUCUCACAGCAGGAUGCAUGUUUAGUGCCUGGGCCAUCACAAUAUGCCACGAUGAUCCCAAUGUUAACUUUCCAGGCCAGUACGGUCCGGCCCCGUCAGGUGAGUCGGCAAAGGCAGAAUUCUUCCUCAAGGCGUCAGUGCGCCGAGCAUUAGUUUGCUCCCAGCCCGAGGCACUAGGUUGA